AUGGCCUCAAAAGCGAAGCUCAAUGUCCACAAUUUUCCUCGGCCGCCCUUGUUGGAGCAAACUCCCAGACACUUGGUCAUCAAGUGGAACGGCCAGACGUUGGCUGACACCAGAUCCUCGUAUUGGGCCCUCGAGACUACACAUCCGCCAACUUACUACCUGCCUCGAUCCUCCAUCUCCGACCUUUUCAAACUCGGCCAGGUUCCAAAUAAGACAUCGCUGUGCGAGUGGAAAGGCCGCGCAACAUACUGGGAUGUCCAAAACACGUCCACGGGCGACACUGUCAAGAGUAAGGUCUGGAGCUAUGAAGAGCCGACACCUGCCUUCACAGAGAUCAAGGGCUAUGUAUCUUUCUACGCCACUGGGGUGCCUUGGGAGUGCUUCGUGGACGACGAGAAAGUAAGCCCACAAGAGGGCGACUAUUAUGGGGGAUGGGUAACGAGCGAACUCGAGGGGCCCAUGAAAGGAGGGCCUGGAACCUGGGGCUGGUAG